AUGUCUUCAUCACUGCCUCGAGGACGCCGUCGCCAGCGUAAAACCUCACAAGAGGAGCGAAUAUGCUCAGUCUGUUCGCAGUCGUUCAAAAAGGCCGAACAUCUCGCCCGGCACUUCCGGUCCCACACUAAAGAGCGGCCGUUCAUGUGUCAGGUAUGCGGCAAGCUAUAUGCCAGGCAGGAUACUCUGCUGCGCCAUUCUAGGUCACACCAUUUGAAGGGUGUUGUGCCUGUUCGACAGCUGAAUGACGGGCACAACAAUAUCGGAAGCGACCCAGCCCUGGACCAGGGAAUUGACGCGCCGUCUGCAGAUUCAAGCCUCUUGCUUUCUGAUCAUGCGUUACCAGAGCUCCAACAUGGGUCGUACACCGCUACCACAUCGUCAUUCCCACACUCCCCUGAGGAUGUGCCCUUCGGCCCAGGUGGUGAUACAUGCUGGAAUGAAGAGAACCAACGGCCCACAUUUAACCAGCCCGAAACCGACACAAGACCAUGGCCGACGCUAUGGAAUAGUCAGUGGGACGAGGAUUGGACUAGCCUGCUCGCCAGUAACGACUUUGAUCUUGAUGCUGUGAAUCAGUCUCUGCUUGAAUGUACCGGGGCUCCGCAGGAUACCGCUGUGGAUCAUACAGACAGUUCUAUGCCCAUUGACCCGGAUAUUAACCAUGGGUCCACUGUAAUACAACGAAAAUGGCACACCUUUUCAGCGACACCAAUUGAAUCUGGAUAUAGUACACCAGAUCGCCCUAGGAGCAACGGAACUGGUUCCCAGAUGCGCACUCGUGCCGAUGAUCGAUAUCGACAGAAGCUGGCAGAGAGUCUCCGGCAGCGAGUGCAGCCUGGCACCUUGCCUUCUACAAACUUUUUGGUAUACUUGGAAUGA